AUGGUAGUACGGAAAACAACGAAACCGACACUGUACCGUGAGUGGAGGCAGGGAGAAGGGUGGACAGCGGCAGGCAGACAACGGCAGGCAGACAUAAGUCCCGUUCCCGGUAUGGAAGCGGCAGGGUGCGCGGAGCAAUGCCUGGCCGCGAGCAGCAGCGGCCACGGGGAGACGAGCGGCAGCGAGUCCGCAGGAGAGGACCCGCGUGGUUUGUCCACAGGGCGUUUCUCACUGACCUUGAAGCACAGUUUGCAGAGCAAAGCAAAAUGA